UACUUUAAAAGGUUUAUUACGGUAGUACUUAGGAAGCUAGGUAAAGAUAAUUAUAUAGUGCUUAAAGUAUAUAGGCCGAUAGCCCUCUUAAACACGGUAGGUAAAAUUAUAGAUAUUAUUAUAAUAAAGAGACUGAGCUAUUUUACUAAAAUAUACGGAUUGCUAUUAAAUAGCUAUAUAGGUAGGAGAAGACGUUAG